AUGGGGCUGGAAGAAAAUGCUCGGGUCAGUUGCCUUAUUGAUAGGAACAGCAGUACUUGGAAUACAACCUUAGUACGUGCGGUAUUCGAGGAGGAGGAAGCUAAUUUAAUAUGUAGAACUCCCCUAAGUAUGACUAACGUCCCUGACAAAAUGGUGUGGAGAUGUACCAGAAAUGGUGAGUUCUCGGUAAGGAGUGCCUACCACCUGAUGAAUGAGAUGGUUGACAUGGUACGGGGACAAACUUCGGCAACAACACAGAACUGGACAUUAUGGGCGAGCAUCUGGAAGAUAAGGGCCCCCAACGCGUACAAAAUGCUACUAUGGAGGGCUAGCCUAGAGUCUCUACCAACAACGCUCAACCUCUUCAAAAGGAAAGUAGUGGAUGCGCCUUACUGCCCUGUUUGCUUGACUGAGGAAGAAACAGUUAAUCACGCUUUGUGGUCAUGCAGAUCAGCUCAGGUUAUAUGGGGGAGUAGCUCACGGAAAUUGCAAAAAUUUCAGACGGUGGAGACCCCUUUCCCUGAGCUUCUAUUCCUAAUGUUCAAUGCAUUGGACGAGGAAACGAUGCAGGAGGUGGCAGCCACGAUAUAUCAAAUCUGGAGGAGAAGGAAUAAAAUGAUUUUUGAGCACAAGUUUGCGUCCCCAACAGAGGUUGUCAUGCUGGCACAACAAGCAGUAAUUGAUUUUCAAGAAGCAAACCGAGGACGAUCGGGCGAACCAACAAGGCAAACUUAG